AUGACCUCGGCGGGGGAGGCGGCCGGUUCCCCCCCGCUGCCCGCCGCGGUCGGCGGCCACCGGCGGAGCCCCCUGGACCGGCUCCCGCCCCCCGCCAACACCACAAAACCGCUGACCCCCUUCGGCAUCGAGGACAUCCUCGGACGUCCCCGCGGCGGGAGCCCCCCGGGCACCGGCACCGGUCCCGCCGCCCCCCCCGCCCCGACAGGGCCCCGCGGCGGCGGCGGCGGCGGCGGCGGCUGCGCCCCGGCCUCGCCGCUCUGGGCGCUGGAGGAACUCGCCAGUAAAACCUUCCAGGGGCUGGAGCUGGGAAUGCUGCAGGCGGCCGGAGGUCCGUCCCCGCCGGGCGCCUCGGGCCCGCGCCCUCCCUGCAGGAAGCGUCGCAAGUCCCGGACCGCGUUCACGGCGCAGCAGCUGCGGGAGCUGGAGCAGCGAUUCCGGCGGCAGCGCUACCUCUCCCCGGUGGACCGGGACGCGCUGGCGGCGCGCCUGGCGCUCUCCGCCGCCCAGGUCAUCACCUGGUUCCAGAACCGCCGCGCCAAGCUCAAGCGGGACCUGGAGGAGCUGCGGGCGGACGUGGCCUCGCUGCAAGCGCUGCCCCCCGCCGCCCUGCAGCAGCUGGCGGGGCUGCCCGAGCCCCCGGGGGCUCCCGGCACGGGCACCGGGACCACAGAGCCCGCCGAGCUCUCGGAGGAGGAGAUCGACGUGGCGGACUGA